AUGCCACCCAAGCGCAUGACCGCGAAUCCGGUCAAGCCGGGACGCUACUUCCCGGGCAAGGCCGUCCCCCAAGGGGACUCAUCAGACUCGGACGCGAGCGAUGACGAAGAAAAGGCAAACGACGACACAACAAAGGCCCGCGCGAUCAAGCCGCCGCCAAAGGCAUCGAGCGCCGCCAAGAUCGCCAGUAACCUCAGCAAAGUCAACCUCGAUGAACGGAGGCGCGAGGCGCAGGACAAGGAGAACCAGAGGAUAGCGCGCGAAAAGGCGGAGCGGCUCGCCGCGGAAGAGGGUUUCGUGACAGAAGAGGAGGAAGAAGAGGGAGAAGAUGAUGAGGAAGGCGAAGAAGAGAGCUCUAGCGAGGAGGAAAGCAGCAGCGAAGAAGAAGCCCCCCGCCGCCUCAUGAUCCGACCCAAAUUCAUCCCAAAGAACCAGCGCAAUGCCGCCAAGGGAGGACAAUCCUCCACCCCGGCCCCCAAAGACGACGAGACGCGCCAAGCAGAAGAAGAAGCUCGCCGCAAAGCCGCCGCCGACGCCCUCGUCGAAGAACAAAUCGCAAAGGACCUCGCCGCCCGCGCCGCCGGUAAGAAACACUGGGACGACGACGAGGCCUCGGGCUCCGACGUCGACACGACAGACGACCUCGACCCGGAAGCCGAACUCGCAGCCUGGCGCCUCCGCGAGCUCAAACGCGUGAAGCGCGAGCGCGACCGCAUCGCCGAGCAGGAGGCAGAGUACGCCGAGCGCGAGCGGCGGCAGAACCUCACACAAGAGGAGCGCGACGCCGAGGACGCGGACAAGAUUGCCGCGCAGCAGGACGAAAAGGACGCCAAGGGCAAGAUGUCGUAUCUGCAAAAGUACUAUCACAAGGGCGCGUUCUACAGCGAGGAAGCCAAGGCGUACGGGCUCGACAAGCGCGACCUCAUGGGCAUGCGCAUCGCGGACGAUGUCAAGGACCGCAGCGCGCUGCCGGAAUACCUCCAGAAGCGCGACAUGACGAAGCUGGGACGCAAGGGCGGGACAAAGUACAAGGAUCUCAAGAGCGAGGAUACGGGACGAUGGGGCGAGUUUGAUGACCGGCGUGGCGGCGGGGGUGGUGGCGGUGACCGGAGGAGAGGCGGCUUCGACAGGCACGAUGUGGACGAGCGGUUCCGGCCGGAUAACGACCGUGAGGUCAACGGUGCCAACGCCAUUCCUUUGGGUGAUCGCAAGGCGCCUUCAGGUGGUGGCAGAAGUGAUCGUGACAGGUACCGCGAUGAUGACCGGCGCGGAGGCGACAGAGACGACCGGCGCAGAGAUAGGGACGACUACCGCCGUCGCGAUCGGUCGAGGUCGAGAUCACCGCGCCGCGACUCGCGGGACGACUACAGGGACAGACGGAAGCGCAGCCCGUCGCGCGAGAGGGAGCGCUACGACAGCGACAAGCGGAGGCGCGUGGACUCUAGAUAA